AUGAAUGCGCUCUAUCAAAGAAGCCACAAUCAAACCGUGUAUGUUCUUCUUCGGAUGGUGGUCCGAGCCUUCUACGAAGAUGUACACGCAGUGGUGAUGGAUGCAUUGUUGUAUUAUCAAACAAACCAAAUUGAUGAAAUCCGAGAAUCUGAUUUGGUGAAAAAGGUGAAUUUACAACCACACGUGGUUAAAAAGGCACUCUUGGAUUUGAUGAAUGAUUCAAUAGUAGUGAAGGAAGACAAGACAACAGAAAGAAAAAAAGGACAAAAGAAAUAUCCAUAUAAAUCGGAAUGUUUUUGGAGAAUUGAUUAUGAGCAAUGUAUCAACUCUAUUCGAUACAAAAUGUAUCUAGUUUCACAGGAAGUCAAAAAGAAAGUACAAGCAAAUCCUACAUACGUUUGUUCGCAAUGUUAUGAGGUAUUUGAAUCAUAUGAUACAGCAAAGUUACUUGAUUUUUCUACCGGACUUUUAAUAUGUAAUCAGUGUGGUGGUGAAGUGAAUGAGUCGGAGGACUCAAUGGAAAAACAUAAGGAAACAGUAUCAGGAUCGGAAUCACUCGAAGUAAGAUUUAAUACUCAGUUAGCUCCUAUCAAAGAUCGAUUGGAUCAAUGCAAAGAUUACGUUGUUCCAAAAGAUUACAGAUGGAAUUACAAGAGUAUUGUCACAAAAGAAGAGGCAGAUAGACGAAUUGAAGAACAACGUAAACAAAUCGACAGAAACAAGAGCAUGGGAACACACAAGGCAGUGCAUGUUCAGAGACACCAUCAACACAACACACUCGGCGCAACUGCCCAUGUUGCAAAGGCGACGGGAAGUUCGACAAACACACUCCAAUUUGAUCCCUCAGCAACUAUUGUUAUUGAUUUUGCUGAAAGUAAUAGCGCAGUAGAGGCUGAACAAGAGGUUACUCCAGUCACAAAGAGCCAGAAACCAUCAAAUCCAUUCUUCUUGGCACAAACAGUCUCCUCAAAAGAAUAUGCCGAUUAUAACGAUGUAAAUGAAACUGUAGAGGAUGAAGAUGGUGUUGUGUCACUUAAAGACAGAGAGAUUAAUACUGAAGUGUAUCAUCAACUAUUGGAAAGAGAACACGAAGAACAACGAAAAGUUAAUGACAUGGAUGACGAAUUUGAAGAUAACGCCAUGAUUGAUGAAUUUGUGAACGUGACAGAGGCCAUAAGUCAGCCUCAAGCAGAAGUACAAGAUUCGUCAGAGACUCUUGUCUAUGUUCAGGGAGUUCCCAUUCCAUACUCCAAGGUUACUCCUGCAGAGUUAGGCAAAAUGACACCACAAGAAUACGAAAUGUACAUGAAUGUUAACAAGCAAGAGGAGGAUAUUUAUGAUUUUUAG